UACUGUGAUGUGGCGUUAUUAAUCCAACUGAGAUUCUACAUCAGAGCCGUUACCAAGAGAGAGAAGGACGACCCGAACCGAACUGACUGCUUAUAAACUCAAACACCUACCCGAAACGUCAGAAAUGGACCAACGGAACCAGUUAAAGAAGAGAACCGAAGCUGCGGAGCGGGCGAGCUGAACUUUUAGCGGGGAGUUUAGUUGUUUCGGUGGGAGACGGUGAGAGUUGACGGGCGGUCGGUCGGUCCUCCGGGGAGCCAACAUGGAUGUCCUGGGAGACACCGGGCGCCUCUGAGGAACACUUCCUGCCGUUUCUGGGUUACUGGAACCGAACAGUUCUUGUGGAGCAGCGCGGAGAGGUUCUGAAGCAGGGCUCAGUUCACCAGAUGUUCAGGCUGCGGCGCCGGGACGUCCCGCAGCCGGACCCGCCGGGCCUGGACCCGGACCCACACGCCGCCGCCCCCAUGGGGCCCAACAUCUCAUGGGUCCACGAAGCGCCGGUGCUGGGGUCGGCCCAGCCCACCUUCCUGAUGUCGCCGGCGGCGCAGGCGGUGUCCGGCUUCUUCGUCUGGACCGCGCUCAUCCUCACCUGUCACCAGAUCUACAUGCACCUGCGGUUCUACAGCGCGCCGCAGGAGCAGCGGCACAUCGUCAGGAUCCUCUUCAUCGUCCCCAUCUACGCCCUGGACUCCUGGCUCAGCCUCCUCUUCCUCACCAACGACCAGUUCUACGUUUACUGUGACAGCGCCAGGGACUGCUACGAAGCGUUUGUGAUUUAUAACUUCCUGAGUCUUUGCUUCGAGUAUCUGGGCGGAGAGAGCGCCAUCAUGGCGGAGAUCCGGGGGAAACCAAUGGAGUCCAGCUGUUGCUACGGUACCUGCUGCCUGCGCGGCCGCCCGUUCUCCAUCGGGUUCCUGCGGUUCUGUAAGCAGGCCACGCUGCAGUUCUGCGUGGUGAAGCCGCUGAUGGCCGCCGUCGCCGUGCUGCUGCAGGCCUGCGGCAGAUACAGAGACGGAGACUUGGACGUUGCCGGCGGUUACCUGUACGUCUCCAUCGUCUACAACGUCUCCGUCAGCCUGGCGCUCUACGCCCUCUUCCUCUUCUACUCCUCCACCAGAGAGCUGCUGAGCCCCUACAGACCCACGCUCAAGUUCCUCACCGUCAAGUCCGUCAUCUUCCUCUCCUUCUGGCAGGGCAUGUUGCUGGCCAUCCUGGAGAAAUGUGGGGCCAUUCCUCAGAUCAACUCUCCGGAGGUUUCCGUGGGCGAGGGCACGGUCGCCGCCGGUUACCAGAACUUCAUCAUCUGCAUAGAGAUGUUUUUUGCAGCUCUGGCCCUUCGGCACGCUUUCACCUACCAGGUCUACAUGGACAAAAGCCUCAACUCCACAGGAUUUCUUUCCACAUGCGGAGAGUUUGGCCGCUGCGCCCCGAUGAAGAGCAUCUCCAGCAGCCUGAAGGAGACGAUGAGCCCCGGCGACAUGGUCCAGGAUGCCAUCCACAACUUCUCGCCGGCGUACCAGCAGUACACUCAGCAGGCCACGCUGGAGCGGGGGCCGCUGCCGCCGCCGCCGCGGGCGCCACGCCCUGCCACGGGCGCUGAGCGCCGCGGCGACACAGAGAAAACGCUGCUGCUCAGCUCAGACGACGAGGUCUAGAGCCCAAAGCUUUCUGAAAUCUAAAGAGAAUCAAACCCGAUGCAGGCUGGUUAUUCUGGGAGGAUUUAUGGGAAAAUCAGGAACCUUCAGGCAGAAACUGGAGCAAAACACUCAGAUGUCUGAGUCUGUGGAAACUCACUGAUUUAAAUCUGAACACUUUAAUAUCACCUCA